AUGAAGGAAAAGGCGCUGCUGCACAAGCUCUGCGUCGAGGCCGGCCACCGCGGACAGGGGAUCGGAGGCUCGCUGCUGGCCGCCGUCGAGGAGCAGCUGCGGCGCGAGGGCUGCCGGACGGUGCAUCUCUGGGUCGACGCUGGGCGGGCGGCGGCGAGGCGGCUGUAUCAGCGGCGCGGCUUCGAGGAGACCCGGACGGUGCAGGACUACUACGGGCCCGGCAGGACAGGCAUCAACAUGGUCUUGUCUUUGGAUCUGUAG